GUUAUUUUUCAAUCUCCAACAUGAUUCGCCCAAGGCCACGACAUGCUAUAUCACCAGUGAAUAUGGCAUCCGUGGGCUAGGUAAGAGAAAAGGAAGGGUUAACUGAGAUCAAUAUCAGGCCAUUACCGCAUCAGAUAACAUGUAGUUAUCUAUAAAGUGGGAUUGAAAGAUCGUCGCGUUGAGCCUUUCUUUCUUCUCCUGAGUUCAAUCAUCAAGGGGCUAAGAGGAAGCUGAAUCAAAAGCAAGAAUGCGUGACAUCACCUCCAUCUCGUUCUUCCUUCUCGUAGCACCCCUCGGCGCCCUCGCCGCCCCAACACCUUUCGAGGAUGUGAUUCCAAGUAGAGUGCACCAAGCAAGAGCAGUGGUAACCCCAGCGCCAUGCCAACCGCAGCUCAGCCCUCCUCCCACCGAGCAGGAAUCAGCCGAACGCUUCGAGAAGUUCGCCCACGCCUUUCUUGAAACCAAGAACUUGACUAAAGCGUUUAAGUACAUUGAUGCUACGUACAUUAACCAUAACCCGUUUGCCAGCGCCAACGGCCCCAACGCUGCUCUCGAUGCCCUCGGUCCCUACUGGGACUCGGUCCAGAUCACUUCGUUGAGAAGAACGUUCAAGGGCGAGUUUGGAUGGUUAAAUUAUCGGACCAAUUACUUUGGCGAGAUUGUUGAUAGAUAUCGCAUGGAGGGUGGGUGUAUUGUUGAGCAUUGGGAUCAAAACGAGCAGUACCCUUCUUUCUGAGACGAGAAAGGUACGGGGAACGACUGGGUGAUGGUCUGAAAUAAAAAUAAAGCCAGUGGCUCUUCUACCACGAGAUCAACUUAAACAAACAUAGCAGUGCACCUGGAUAUUUGCCGUCCUUUCAAUCACUUCGAUGACCACAAAGCGAACGCUGAAAGUUACUUGACCUGAUAGACUUCCCAGUCUCCAAGCUCU